GAACAGAUCGGUUGUUAACUGUUGUUUCGACUUUGUUGAUUGCCCCUUUGGUAGUUGCACCAUAUCUCGUUUUCUUGCAUGUAAAAUGAAAUAGGUAUUACCAGGUGUACGGACAGACAUUAUUUGAAAAAAGGAGGACAAAGUUGAGGAGUACGGAGACUACGGAGAGUUCAGUUUCAAGGACUGCAACCAACUGCAACGCGAGAUGUUGAACGUGGCUGGUAUACCACGGUAUACAGAGUGACGCGAAUCGACUUUGAUCUCGUCGUGAAACCCGGCGCGAUUAUUCACACCGGGGAUUAUUCCGGGGAACACUGUAUAUGAUUUUAAAUAACAUUAAUAAAAAUUUCAAUAUGCGUAUCUCGAAUUACAUUUCAUGCGUUCCGCAGCGCUGUCUCCCAUAGUAGAUAUCUGUUUAUCGUGAUGGAUGAACUCCCUGAAAGAUUGCCGUGCAAUACGUUAACGGGCAAAGAAUUGUUGUCCAACAAGGGUAUCAGUAAUUGCAUCCUUGAAGAAUGGGAGAGAUCCUUGAAGGCUUUGCCGAGAACCGGACAGAAGCACUUUGAGCCAGACAACUCAUGGCUCCAAAAUGUUCAGAUCGAAAAAGGACUUAAAAAUCGUAGGGACCUGUUGAAUAUUGAGAGGGUCGAACGUGUCUCAGAAUUAGCCUGUGCUGAGUGGCUACCAUCCCAAAAGAGAGCUCUUGUUACCAAAAGAUCUGGUCAAGACUGGAGCAACUUUGGUGUGGAGAAGAAUGGUUCUUUGUACUUAUUGCCAGAGGAAGCAUUAUUUCUCAUGGAAACGAAUUGUCUUGAACUCAUUUGGAAUGGAUUGUCAUGUUCAAUUCAGCAAGCAUAUGAAAUCUUGAUUGAUGACUUGGCAUGUACCCUGGAAGAAUAUAGGGUUUAUAGUCAAUUAACUCGUUAUGGCUAUCGUAUACAGCGCUACUUCUAUGAAGAAUCAGAUAAGUGCAAUAGAGCAGAUGAAUUGGCUCCUGCUAAACGAAAAAUUAUUGUUGAUCCUGAGAAUGGAUUGAGACUGUCUGACAAUCAAUCGCAGAAUAAACAAAGCGCAUCAAAAUCAACUUUGAUGAAGGAUGUACCACAGACAUCAGAUCAGUCUGUUAGUAUAAAGGAUGAUAAAAAGAUUACUGUACAAGAAUCUGUAAAACAAACAGUACAUAAUCUAGUAGACCAAAUUAUAUGUAACAUAGAAGGUGAAAAUGGAAAUAAAUCAGUCACUUCCCAAGGAGUAACAAAUGAUACAGCGGAAAAUGAUGUAAAUAGCGAAGAAAAAAAUCGACAUUCUAAACCAGAAAUAAUUUCCGACGAGACCUUAUUGGGCAAUAUCAAAAUUCUCAGAGACAAGUCGAGUAAAGUAUCAAAGUGGCCGGGUGCUCGCAUUCAGCGUAAUGUUAAGCAGUUGCCUAAGAGGAACGAUAAAGUAUCACAGCCAGAAAUUUCUAUAAUCGAUUCUGGCAUCACAGAUGAAAAUCAAAGACAUUCAGAGAAGCGGAAGAUAUUCACACAAAAUAACGAAUUACAUGCGAAAAAAUCAAAACAUGAGGUGAUUGAGCUGUUGUCUGACGAUGAAAUUCAGGAAUUACCUCGUUGUAUGACAAGGAUGGAAAUGUUGAAUCUAUUACCAAAUAUCGCCUUACAAUCGGAAGUUAACGAGAAAAUUUCCAGACGAUAUAUACCAUAUAAUAUAAGGCCUCAAAAGAGCAUAUAUCAAUACAAUCGGACGAUGAUUUUAAAUAUGCAGGAAAACGAUAAACGAGCACGACAGGAUUGUCAAAAUAGUAGAACUAAUGCAAGACAAAACGCGUCUCUCUCUAGGAGCUCACUUGCUGUUAAUAACAGAAGCACUCUCUUUCAAAAUCAACGUCCACUCUUGCGUAGUCCAUCACGACCGUUUUAUGCCGUAAGCCAAAUUCACGGAUCGAACAUUAAUUUGCCUUACGCGUACAGAUUUCCGUACAAUUACCUACCAGACGUUUAUCUGCAGAAUAGGGUCACGCAGAAUAUUUUUCAAAACUUAUUUGUUGCCUUUGGGAAUGGAAACGCCGUUCAAAGAAGUCUUACCAUACAGAUGAAUAAUUUCAUGAUGCCAAGCAUAGAGGGGUAUCGAACGAGAAAUUUUUUUAUAGAAAAUUCACUACGACAUGGUUUCUAUCAGAAUGUUUCGUGGCAGCAAAGAUUUUGUCAGCGGAGAAUGAUAGAGAACGCGCCGAUACAUGGCAAUACGCAAUCUGUCUCAAGACGACGAUACGAUGAUGCCAAUAGUCAUGAGAUCAUUAAUCGUCCUUCCUUCACGACACGCCUAGGAACUAGCUCAUGGAUGGAAUUGAAGAGAAGGUGGUCUGAAGAAAAAACCAUCACUAUCGACGAUGAAGAUAAAAAUAUGAAUGAGGAAGAUUGUACCGAAGUACAAGUCGUAAAGCUCUUCAAUCCUUUGAUUGGUCCGAGAAAUGCAUCUUCGUUGCCUGAAAUCUUUAGUAAGCUCGCUAUAAUAAAAUCAGCGCCGGAAAGAAUCGUUAGAAAGAAAAAGAGCAAAUAUAAGAUAUCAUAUAAUGUGUAUUCUUGUACACAUCAUUAUAGAAAGGCAAAUCCUGGUCAGCCAUUGUAUAGUCUAGUAGUGAUAAGGAAAGAAGACUCACUUCUUCAACCUGUUGAAUUGAAUCGCUUGCGACAGGAUGCGAAAGGCUCUCAGAUAGUAUUAGCACAUGUGUCAAUGUCAAUAUCGUAUAUUCAGCCAGGUAUUAUAACGAUUCCAAAUGUAUAAUUUAAUUUUUUCAGAUACAUAUAUUUGGUUGAAAUUAUUUUGGAGCCAGCGAUAUAAUGUGUCUGUAUUAAAGAAUAUGUAAGAGCCAUAAAUUUCUUUUAUUAUAUCUCAAUAAAUUUUUAUAUGCUUAUAUAAAAAA